AUAUACAAAUUAGACUUUAUUAAAUUAUUGUCUUUCUCAAUAACCACUCUCAAAAGAAAUGGAUGAUCUUACUCUUAUUUUUUCUCAUCAUAAUAAUGGUGAAAAAUCAAGAAAACGACUUCAUGAAGAAGAUGAUUUAUCUUGUAUAAUUUCUUUCAACACACAACAAUAUUCAGACAAACGUUGUCACUUUCUGACUUAUCCGCCUAUAAGAGACGCAAAUAAUAGUAUAAGUUUUUCGAAGAUUAAUAAUAAUAAUAUUGGUGCAAAAUUUGGAGGAAAAAGGAGGGGAAAGCAAGCACAUGAACAUUUGUUAGCUGAAAGAAAUAGAAGAAAAAAGAUUUCGGAAUUAUUUGGUUCAUUAGCCUCUCUUCUUCCUGGCCUCAACAAGAUGGACAAGGCAUCAAUUCUUGAAGGAGCAACCAAUCGCAUUAAACAACUUGGUGAAAGGGGAGAAACAAUGCAACAUCAUCAUGACACCAAAACAAACAAUGAAAUAUCUUCAAUAGAAAUGGUGAAGAGUAAUUUACCACAAGUUGAAGUAAGAAGUUUAGAAGAGGAAUUGUUGAUUACAAUAUUAUUAUACUCCAAAAACCAACAAAAAGGAAUUAUUGAUGAAAUAUUAAGUGUGAUUCAAAGGCUUCAUUUGACUAUCAAGACCACUAAUUUCAUGCCAUUUGGCAGCAUCUCAAUGCACAUUACAGUUGUUGCUCAGAUGAAGGUUGGAUUUUGUCUAACAACAAAUUUUCUUGUUGAGAAAUUAAGAGCGUCGAUAAUUAAACUGUAAAGAUUGUUCAGCCGGCGUGCAAGUUGUACAAUUUGGUAUGCAAAAGUAAUCACGAUACUUUUAUAUUUAAGAUCAAAUUAUUGGAUUAUCACAUGAAUUGUAUAUGUAUAUACGUUUAUCGCGUAAUUUAAAAUAUGUAUUUGUAUAUCUAUGAGUCGAAUAAAUAAAAGUGUCAUCUUUUUAAUGAGUCUGAUG